AAUAGGCGAUUGAGCCUGGGGCCCCCGAAGGUUCGACGGAAUUUCAGCAUAAAGUCGACAAGGAGAGCAUCUGACUCGCCUUCCUCUUAUUCAGUGCGUACUUGCUUGUUAAAUAUCGCUGUCUAGCCGGCUGCACCUUGGAUUGCGCCAUUGCGUGCCACUGACGUUAAUUCAUCCUGCCGUGGUUCGGGGAUCAUUAUCGGGAAGUUCCCCUCAUCUCCGCGGGGUUCUUGGAUGGCCUGAUCUCCGAAUUCUCGCCUUACCCGGAGACUGCUAGGAACAUUGAAACCUAGGACCAGAAUUUGCCCUUUGGAAUUCUGAUCGCCUAGUACUGACGAGAUGGGUCUGCUAGCGCUUGGGACGGCCCUGGACUGGCCAGAGGCCAAGAAGAGGGCAGAUCAGGUUCGCAAAUGGGGCAUUGAGCAAUUACUUGCCAAUUGGCAUAGAGCCAAGGGAAAAGAACGGAAUGCCCUUCUUUGGGGUGAUGAGGUCGAAUACCUCGUCGUAGCCGUUGACGAUGAGACGAAAAAAGCCCGCCUAUCUCUCGCCCAGGCCGAAAUCCUCAAAUCGCUUGCCAAGGACGAAGCGUUAUGGAAGGAAGGGAAUUCUUCUCAUUCUCAGAACAAGGAGCAUGAGGGUGAGGAACCACCUCAUUUCCACCCUGAAUUCGGUCGGUUCAUGUUGGAAGCCACACCGGGGAAGCCUUGGGGUAUCGAUUUCAAGGACCUACUGAAAGUAGAGUCAAAUAUGAAGUGGCGUCGUGAGGUUGCAAAGGCCCACAUGGCACCGAAUGAAAGCCCUAUCACUCUCACAACAUUUCCUCGUUUGGGGACAAAGGACGAUUAUAUCCAACCCUAUUAUCCCCCAUCAGGCCCUGCGCUUCGGUCGCAGUUCGUUCCUGACGAAAUCGCCAACCCCCAUAUCAGAUUUCCAACAUUGGCGGCUAAUAUAAGAUCGAGGAGGGGCCGGAAAAUCGAGUUAAACGUCCCCGUUUACAAGGAUAUAAAUACGCCUCAACCCUUCAAGGAUCCAACUGUGGACUAUGAUCUUCACAACUGGCCCGAGGAUGAUGAUGUCAGAAAUGGCGCGGCUAAAGAUGGCCAUGUUUACAUGGACGCUAUGGCAUUCGGUAUGGGCAGUUGUUGUCUUCAGAUAACUUUCCAAGCGAAGAAUAUGACAGAAGGAAGGAAGCUGUACGACCAACUGAGCCCGCUAGGCCCAAUUCUUUUGGCCCUGACAGCCGCUACCCCUAUCUAUAAGGGGUUUCUUGUUGAUACAGAUGUCCGUUGGAAUCAGAUCAGCGGGGCUGUCGAUGACCGAACGCGAGAGGAACUUGGUGAACUUCCCUUGAGAAACGAUAGAUGGAGGAUUCCAAAAUCCAGAUACGCUUCCAACUCAACUUAUAUCUCCCAAGACCCUAGGCUAAGGAAAGAAUAUCUGGAUCCCAACCUCAUUAUUGAUGAAGACAUCAAAAAGCGCUUGAUCGAUGAUGGUAUGGAUGAUCUUUUGGCGACACAUUUCGCACACCUGUUCAUUCGCGAUCCGUUGGUUAUAUUUUCGGAAGACCUCGAGGAGCUAGACUUGAACAAAGCAGACCAUUUUGAAAACUUGCAGUCGACCAAUUGGCAGCACAUGCGUUUCAAGCCACCACCGCCUGACAAGGAUGAUAUUGGCUGGCGAGUCGAAUUCCGAUCCAUGGAGAUUCAGAUGACGGACUUUGAGAACGCUGCAUUCAGUAUUUUUAUUGUGCUCGUGACUCGCGCAAUCCUGAGUUUCGAUCUCAAUUUCUACAUCCCAAUCCAGCGUACGACAGAGAACAUGGAGACGGCGCAUGCUCGCAACGCAGUGUUGGAACAGAAGUUCUAUUUCCGCAAAGACCCAUUUGCUCGUCGCAGGCAGAACCAGCAAUCACCAAAUGGUAGCAACGUCUCAUCUACCACAUCAUCUGCUCACAACACACCACCCCCAUCACCGCCGCUAAACCCGGUGGAGUCCGAAUACGACCUCAUGACUAUUGCUGAUAUCAUCAACGGCUCCGCUGAUGGGUCUUUCCCCGGAUUGAUCCCACUCGUUGAAUCUUACUUGAACAGUGUCAAUGUGGAUGUCGAGACACGCUGCUCUCUCGCUAGCUACCUUGACUUAAUACGCAAACGUGCGAACGGUACGCUUUGGACUGGAGCCAAAUGGAUUCGAGAGUUCGUUGCGUCACAUCCUGGAUAUAAGCAUGACAGCGUUGUUUCGGAGGAGAUCUGUUACGAUUUGGUGAAGGCCGUGGAUGAGAUGACCGUGAAGGAGGGCAAACACGGCACCGUUGGAUGGGAACUCCUCCGAGGCAAGAAGAAUUAGACGACCCAAGGAAAUUUUUGCUGCAUAUAGAUGUAGAUAGCAUGAUCUUCAUAUACUUUACACUUUGAUGGUUACGGAUAAAUACGACGCUGCCUUUUUGUUGGCUCCUUGAGGACACUCAAAACUGUUGUCAGGCUAUUCAUUUCUGCUCGCCGCGCUCUUUCCUACUCUUUCCUAUUCA